AUGUCGUCGUUCUCGAGACUCAUCCGAUUCCUAGCCAAAGAUGGCAAGACAUAUUACGGCGACGCACUCGUACCGUCCGGAGGUGGAGCAAGCGACUUGACAAGAGUGGCUCAGGCCAAGGUCAUACAGGGCAGUCCAUGGGGACAGCAUCAGGUCACUGAUCGUGUAGCUGAUGUACAAAAGCUCCUUGCACCACUGGCCCGAGAGGACAUCAGGACAGUCCGCUGCCUCGGCCUGAACUACGAGCAGCAUGCCAUUGAAUCCAACAUGCCCAUUCCAAAAUACCCCGUCCUCUUCUACAAGCCCGUCACGGCAGUCACAGGACCAUUCGACAAGAUUCCUGUGUGUGCGGCGGCUCAAGAAGGUGAAGGUCUCGAUUACGAAUGCGAAUUGGUCGCAGUGAUUGGAAAGGAAGGGUCAAACAUUUCAGAGGCUCAGGCACUGUCGUAUGUGGCAGGAUAUGCUGUUGGAAACGACGUCUCGCAUCGCGACUGGCAGCUCAAGCGUGGUGGCGGUCAGUGGGGUCUCGGAAAAGGGUUCGAUGCAUGGGCUCCCAUCGGUCCUGCCAUUGUCAGCAGCAAGCUCAUCGCGGACCCGCAAAAUCUAAGAAUCAUGACUAAGGUCAAUGGCAAGACUGUCCAAGACAGCAACACAAGAGACAUGAUCUUCGGAGUUGCCAAGACCAUUAGUAUCCUGAGUCAAGGCACUACCUUAUUGCCUGGCGACCUGAUCUUCACCGGAACUCCACAAGGCGUCGGUAUGGGCCGCAAGCCUCAAGUUUGGUUGAAAGACGGAGACGUUGUAGAAGUCAGUGUUGAGGGUGUGGGCAGCUGUAUCAACAAGGUAGAGUUUGAGAAGACCAAGGCACGUCUGUGA